CGCGGCGUUUCCAGCCCUGCGGUGCGCCUCACAGCUGCUCACGACACGCCACUUUUCCUCUCGGCGCCUCCUCCACUUUACCUUAAAUUAGUUUCCUUUCUUUGACUUUCUUUGGAAUACACCGUCUUCCUCCGCCUUUCCUUUCCUCGGCCGUCGCUUGAAGUGCACCGUCAAAGUCCUGUUCUCUGUCCCUUGCCACCUUUCAACUUUUCUUCAUUCUUCAACGAGGAUGUCCCUGCCUUCCGUCCUUCUGCUAAUGCUGCUGACGGCCACAGCCACGAGGGCCCACGACUGCAGCUUCUCCGUGGACUGUGCCAACCUGUUAGACUCCAUGAACACUGUGUGCCGCUCCUACAAGCAGCACCCCGGUUACAGGAGGACUCGAGACACUCUUUCAGUGGGAGUGAUUGGGAACACCUCGUCCGCCCCCGCCUACACAGCCCUCCAGCCCCCCGCAGCAGCCGUCGAGAUGUUAGACGAGGAGAAUCCGAUGCUACCGCCACAGGUCGCCGCCAGGGUCUUCCAGAUGGAUCGGGUUGGGGGAAGAUUCCGCAGGUCUGAGCGCACUGUUGACGCCUACACUCAGUGCUGUGUCGAAAACUGCACGUUGCAUGAGGUGGCUGGCUACUGCGAAACCUUCCAGCCAGAGUAUCAGUUCCUGGCCACCGGAAAUCCUUGCGCAUAAACGUCACCUCUCUGUCCGACCCAGCCUGAGGAAGUGACCCCGCUACUGCGUCCACCAAGAUAAAUUGUUAAAGUCAAUAGGUCAACAGGAGGUCAACUCAGAAAUCCAUAAAAUCAGAAGUUCUUGUGCAUAAAUGUCACCCAUAUAUUCGACCCAGCCUGAAGAAGUGUCCCCGCUGCUGUGUCCACCAAGAGAAAUUGUUAAAGUCGUUUGGUCAACAGAAGGUUAAGUCGGCAAACCCAUGAAGGAAAUCCAUAUAAUUAGAAGUUCUUGUGCUUACACGUUUCCCAUAUGUCCGACCCAGCCUGAAAAAGUGAUCCUGCUGCUGCUUCCACCAAGAAAAAUUGUUAAACUCAUUAGGUCCUCAUGAGAUUAAGACGGCAGUAAACUUAACCCAUGAUCAAAAAAUCCAUAUAAUCAGGAGUUCUUGUGUAUAAACGACACCCAUUACGCCCCCCCUCUCCCACACCCACCCAACCUAAACUGACUUCGCUGCAUUAACAGUCUCAAUUUCCUGCUGCGUACGACUUGAGCUCUUUCGAGGGACGUAGCAAGACAACUCUCCAUCCGAAAUUGACCUCUCUUUUCACCCCCCAUUUUUACUUUCUAAUUAGGAUCAGUGAUUAGCGGGCUUUUUUAUUCAUUCAUUUAUUUUGCCCUUGAGUUGCUUCCUUUACUGUAAAAAUAAAAUAAAAUAAAGUUGUUCCGAGACACAGGUCAUUUUUUAAAUGCUUUGAAAUGUUCACUUGUUCAGCGAUGCAUAAAUCAAAUUAUUUCAAAGACAAUUAAAGUGCAAAUUAAA